ACACAGGCACUGUAAAAACCCUCACAGAGCCUUGGUACAACAAACAGGCACUGUAAAAACCCUCAUAGGGCCUUGGUACACCAUACAGGCACUGCAAAACCCCUCAGAACCUCCAUGUAUCCAAUUGCCAAGGCCAUGACAUGUGAAUUUUCCUUGACCCUGGAUAAUGAGACUUUACCAUGGUGUUUACUUUGAUGCCCGAGUGAAGCAGAUCAAGUUUGUGGACUUCUGCGGGAAGUACCGCCUCCCGCUACAGCAGUACCUCUGCUCGCCUCGCUGCACCGUGCCCAGUCCCGUUACCAUAGCAACGCCCGUCUCCAGCUCCGAGUCUGAGUCCGAGGAGGAAGGAACUGUCCCGCCAGACAAGAUCAAGAAAGUUCUCCUGGGAUAGUCUUAAAUGUCUUCAAUAGUUUACCAGGAUUGUCAUGUUUCUGCCUCAAGUGUCCUUUGAGGUUUUGGAUCACCCAUCUGCCAUCAGGCAUGAAAACAUGACGAGAAAGCUCAGAGAAGAAGUUAGUGUUGACUGUUAUGUUGGGCUGUUGUGUCUGCAGUGGGAGGUAUAAUGAAAAGUAUCAUCCCAUGCCCAACACACUGCAAACAUUGACACAAAAAAGUGCAUUAUUCUCUCCAAAGAAGGGCUUGAAAAAGCGUAACUCACCUUCCAAAGUGUUGAAGAGACUCUAGAAUUGUUUACACAAGUAAAUACCUUGAGAACAACAUUAUGAUAUGUGGAACUUAGGCCUUACUAGCUGAUAAGACGUUGUGUGUUGCUCAGGACUGAGCAAGAUGCUUUUUGUACAAAAUGUAUUAAUUUUGUAAAUGUGAAGUGCCUAAAAAUCUAUAUCUUAUAA